CUUCUCAUAUUAUUUAUAUGUAUAAACAUAAAUAUUAUUCUUUAUUUUCAGAAAUAAAUAAAUUAUUUAAUAUUUGUUUUUUUUUGCCACAGGUAACUCGAAGGAAACAACUAAAUACAAAAAAUAUACAAGGUCUUCGCAGGACAUGCGACAAGACAAAGCAAAAAAAAAAAAAAAAUGUUGGUCGAUAAUCAAUUUACGAUAUAAGAUUAUUUUGCCACGAUAUGAGCAACCCUGUUAUUCAUACAAGGCAUAAAAUGUAAUAUAGUACGAUAAAAAAGAAGUACAUCGCACAUGAGAUACACAACGCAUGUAUCUCAUGUAAAUAGACCUCCAUCGCAUGCUUAAUCAGAAAUUAAAUUCGGUCAAAAAUAUGAAUUUAGAUCCCAACAAACAAGCGUUGCCCUUCUUGUAUUCUUGUGCGUCAAAUAUGGCCCAAAAACUUUCAAAAUUUUGCACUUUGGCCUUGCCAUUGAAGCCCUAUUUUUGUAGCACUUUUCCAUUUUUUUCCUUAGAUUGGAAAUGGUCUCAUAACACAAAACUCAUACUAUAGUGGAUAAUAAGUUUGAAUCAUAUUUUCCCUUUCUGUAAAUUGGAAUCAUUUUUAAUUGGAAGCGGGACACUGCAAAACGACAGCAAAACUAUCUGAUUAUCUCAUUUCGUUUUUUGUGCUGGAAACAAAAUUGGCAGGACCGAGUGGGUUUUGACUCCAAUAUUGCUUUCUUUUACCCUCUUUUCUCUUUUUUGCUUCUCAAUACUUGACUUGCCAUAAUAAAAGGAAAUCAUGAACUGAUACAAAAGGGAAGAAAGCGCCACCGAAUUAACUCGAAGCUGAAAGGCAACCCGACCCGACCCGACCCGAGAUCACAUAUCACUUACUCUGUUUCCCAUUUCAGGAGAGAAAGCAGAGAAGACAGAAUGGGCGAUGGCGAUGGCGGGGAAAGAUCAGUGGAAGGGACGCCAACUUGGGCCGUGGCCACAGUUUGCUUCUUCAUCAUACUCAUUUCCAUUGCUUUUGAGCAUCUCAUCCAUCUCAUCUCCAAGAACCUCACCAAGAAAAGGAGCAGGGCACUGCUUCGGUCAUUGGGCAAGAUCAAAUCCGAAAUGAUGCUGCUGGGUUUGAGCUCGUUGUUUCUGGCGGUAAGCGAGCGGUGGAUUGCAAGCAUCUGCAUUCCCCAUAAGCUCAGCCAAACUUUUCUUCCUUGUGGCUUCCCAACGGGUUCUAGCUCGGUGGAGGACGAGGAACUCAUAUGUGCGAAUCAGGGGAAAGUGUCAUUGCUGUCGAGGCAAGGUGUGCAGCAACUCAAUUACUUGAUGUUCGUGCUGGCUUCAUUUCAUGCCACGUCGUCCAUUCUCAUCUUCAGCUUAGGCAUGGCCAAGAUGAGCAAGUGGGAGUCAUGGGAGGCAGAGACCAAAACUCUCCACUACCUUCCUUCAAAGGAACCAAGAAGUUUCCAACUGGCUCAUCAAACUUCGUUUGGGAGGAGGCAUCUGAGCUUUUGGAGUGAACACCCGUUUCUUCGUUGGCCGACAUGCGUUUUGAGGCAGUUUGUUGGGUCGGUUACCAAAGUGGAUUAUCUCACACUCCGACAUGGAUUUAUCAUGGCCCAUUUUGAACAAGAGAUCGAUUUCCAUUUCCAAAAGUUCAUCAAAAGAGCUCUUGAAUCCGACUUCCGUGUUGUGGUCGGCAAGAGGCUAUGGAUUCUGACCUUCUCUGUGCUAUCCAUAUUCUUCAAUGCACACGACUUCCACAGUUUCCUGUGGCUUCCAUUCAUCCCACUGGUGAUGUUACUGGUGGUUGGUACCAAACUUCAAGACAUCAUCACGUCAUUGUGCUUAGAUAGCCAGGGGGAAUCCCAAGUCGUUAGAGGAACCGUGCUCGUUAGACCUAGCGAUCGCUUCUUCUGGUUCGGAUCGCCCAAAUUCCUUCUCCACCUUAUACAUUUCAUACUCUUCCAGAACUCGUUUCAGUUGGCGUUCUUCACCUGGACAACGAAAAAGUUCGGGCCACGAUCGUGCUUCCACAGAGAAACAGAGAACAUAUCGAUCAGGGUUUUGAUUGGGGUGCUGGUACACUUCCUGGGCGGCUACGUGACCCUUCCGCUCUACGCGCUGGUAACCCAGAUGGGGACGUCGAUGCGGAAGAGCGUUUUCCCGGCUGCGGUGGUGAUCGGCCUGCGGAGGUGGCGAAGGAGAGCCAGGAAGAAUCUGAAGAAAAAGAGGGUGAUUUUGACGUCGAUGUCGCCACUUGAGGACGAUUCGAUCCGGAGCUCGGAGAUCACUCUGGAGACCUUGCCGUCCUUCGAUUCUCUGGAUUCAGAGUGCCAGGAGGAUUUGGAGUCGGUUGUGAUUGAAUUGAGAAAUGAGGCCGAAGAGGAACGACGGGAGUUUGAGGAAGCUGUUGUUGUGCUGGUUUCUGGGGUCAAUGGAGCCGACGUCGCGGAGAUACCGGAAGUUUCAGGACGGGAUUUCGUAAAUGGCGAAGCUCGAUGAUUCUGGAAGUAGGUAUAGACUUAUAGUGGGUAAUUCUUCUGGGAAAAGGAAGAAAAUAAUUUUAUACUGUCUUUGUAGUUCUACUUCUGCGUUCUGCCCCUUUUCCAGGUUUGUAUUCUUUGUUUGGAAGUACACGAAAUAACAAACUAACUCAGAGCGACGUGUUUAAUCGGAAAAACUUGGGCAAUUUCGUACCACCCUGGAGCAAUAAGCUAUAAGUUAUUCU